AUGGCGUGGGCUAAACCCCCCCUCCUCCCGGAGCUGAGGCUGGUGCUGCUGGGAUGGACAGACAGUGGGAAGACCUGCGCAGGAAACACCAUCCUGGGCAGAAAGGCGUUUCUCACACAGAAAUCAACGGAGGAGUGUGAGAGGCAGCAGGGUCAUGUCAGAGGGAGGGAGGUGACUGUGGUGGACACACCAGGCUGGAAAAGGAUCGCUUCCCAGAAGUUUUUCAGGAAGGACAUUGUGCAUGGCGUGGAGCUGUGCCCCCCAGGGCCCCAUGCCCUCCUGCUGGUGCUCCGCCUGGACAAGGAGGUGGAGGAGAAGUCUCUGGAGGAGCUGCUGGCCCGCCUCAGUGACAGAGUGUGGAGACACACCAUAGUGCUCUUCACCCAUGCUGACACAGGGGGAGCCAUCGAGCGCCGCAUCACCAGCAAGGAAGGGGCCCACCAACGGCUUCUGAAAAAAUGCGGGAACAGGACCCACAUUUUUAACAAUAUGAACUGGGGCGAUGGCUCUCAGGUAACAGAGCUGCUGGAGAAGAUCGAGGAGAUGGUGGAGACAAACCAAGAAACAUUCUUACCCAUGGGAGAAGAGAUGCCUGAGAAAGAGGGGGUGAAGAAGGAGGAAGAGGAGGAAUCAGAGGAGGAAGAGGCCUCACCCACACUCAGGAAGAGGAACAGUAAAGAACUCCCUCCAAAAACGUCCGGCAGUGAAGGAGCAACUCCCGAGAGGGAGGAGGAGAGCAGCAGUCAGAGAGAAGAGGCAUCCAUGAGCUGA